AGCGGCGGGUCACAUGGUCUCACCUGGCUCAGGUGAGGGAGGGGCCGGACGCCGUUCACCUGGCUCGGCACAGGUGCCUGAGGUGGUGAGCCAUGCUGGGCAGGAGAACAAGACACCCCCAAGAAAUAAUCAGCAAGCACCGGAUGAACCUAUCCCACCAGGAUGCUGUGCCCCAAAGGAUCAACCCAUCCAAAGAGUGUGACAUCAGCCUGGAGGUGUUUAGCAAAUCCACACCUGAACUCAAACAGAGCCGCAAGCUGGCACAGCAAGCACGGGACAGGAGAGCCCGCAAAGCUGACCUCAAAGACUCCAACGGGAGGGAGGCAGAAACAAUUACCUUUAUUUCUGGCACAGCAGAGGCUCCCCAGACCCAGAGCUUGUGCUGUCUUUCUUUGUCUCAGGCCUGGAACGCCUCCAAGGCUGUUCUCUGCUGUAUAGUGGCCUGUGGGGGCUGCUUUAAGAAUUGCAGCAUUCACAUCCCCUGCAUGGGUCACACGGAGACUUCAACUGAUGAUGGAAGAAACAGAGAGCAAAAUGGACGUGUGCCUAGCAACAGCCCUGCCAACAUCUCCCCUGUUGAAAAGAAUGGGAACCAGAUCAAAAAGAAUACCAUGGGGAGCAGCUUCAGCUACCCAGAUGUGAAACUGAAGGGGAUCCCUGUCUAUCCGAACCGGAGCCCUGGCAACCAUACAGAUGCAGAUUCGUGCUACAAAGAGCCCCUGCCAGAGAAGACCUUCAGAAACAGCAUAGAAAAGCCACCACUCCCCAGCAGCCACCGGAGCUCGGAGGAGUAUUAUUCCUUCCAUGAGUCUGAUCUGGAUCUCAGUGAGUUGAGCAGCUCUAUGUCUAGCAAAGAGAUUGAUGUCUUGAUCUUCAAGAAACUGACAGAGCUCUUCAGCGUCCACCAGAUUGAUGAGCUGGCCAAGUGCACAUCAGACACAGUCUUCCUGGAGAAGACCAACAAGAUCUCAGACCUGAUUAAUAGCAUCACUCAGGACUACAACCUGGAUGAGCAGGAUGCUGAGUGCAGGCUAGUCCGUGGCAUUAUACGCAUCAGCACCCGGAAGAGCAGGGUCCGGCCCCCCAUUUCCAUUCCUGCCACCAAGAGCCACGAGGAGAAGAUGAGCAGAGGAAACCCACCGGACAGCGGCAAUGAAACCAUGCUGGAGUCCCUAAUCCCCAGCCAAGACGAUUUGGCUGUGCAGAUAUCAGAGGAAACCACAGCAGAUGUGAUAGCCAGGAACAUGAGGCGGUUCAGCGCUGCAGGGUCUCCAAUGAGCAGAGCUUCCUCCUACCAGGACACAGAGACUGAUUCGUCUGGAGCACCGCUGCUUCAGGUUUACUGUUAGAAUAAUGGACCAAGGCAGGACUCUGUGGCGGGAGAGGUCGCUGGGCCUUACAGCAAACAGAGUUCCUCAUCUCUUUUCAUAUAGAACAUGCUAUGCCACUUUAUUUUCUUCAGUUCUCUUUUUCCCUUGUUAAAGUUCAACUUGCCCCUCAAUCUGUGGGGUGCAUUGGAUUAUUUUUCUGUGUGUGGGGGAUCAUAACAGAACCUUGAGGAAAUGGACCAUGAAUCUAGUGAACUUAUUCAGACAGUGGGAUGUGAGUUCUGGGAACAGAAGAUGGACAAGGGGAUACUGACAAACGGAAUAUGUUCUGCCUUUGUGGGAACUUCCACUCUUGGAGUGCAGUUUUAGUACCCAAUCAGACAUCCAGCUGUUGCCCAGCUCCAAGAGUCAGCUGUACAGUUUUUGCCCUUCUGGUACUGUAGAUGUUAAUGUAUGUUGUGUAGCUUUGUUGAUGAUAGGAAUGUCUUUACAUUUGUAGCAAUUCUGUUGAGGUGAACUCCAAGGCUGUGAGAACACCUGUUUAAGAUCCCAGAUGUCUACUUACCGUUGCUGGCCUUGAUUGUCCCAGAGGCUGAGUCCUCUAGGCACAGUAGCCAGACAAGCUUUCUUGACAAAGUGCCUUACACCUGUCCUGGAGGGACCACCUCAGAAAAGAGAGGGUAGUUCAGCCUUCAGGGUUCGUUUAAUCCUUGGCCUCUUUGUAGUGGGUGCCAACAAAGCAACCAAGCCAUUUAAUGCUAACUACAAUGUGGACAACUUGUUGACGAGACUAACUGGACUGCGACCCAACUCUUGUCUCUCAGGUUAUCAUGCAACCAUUGAGUAACAACUUUAAAUCACUGCCAGUCUGGUGAGAACCACUGACAUGAGGUAUUAAAUAGACAAAGGUGUUGAUUUAUAACUCAUUUGCCAAUCAGCUUUUCCCUCACUCACCUGCCAAGGCUUACAUAGCCCUUGGUGCUCAUGUGAACUGCUGGAGAAAGCCCUGACCUUGGGUCUUAGCAGGUAAGUGAAAGACCAGACUUUUUUUAAAAUUACAAAUCAGUCCUCCCUGUAACUCUGCCUGUGUGUUUGGGAUCUUAAAUGCUCCUUAGAAAUGCUCCCUGGAAAACUUUGCUGUUGCCUUUAAAGGGAGGGAGAAGGGCUUUUUGGGGGAACUCUCCAUGAAGUAUAUGUAGGGAACUGAUUAUUGCUGUGUAAAUGUGACUCUCACCCCCCUUCGCACAGGGGUGUUCAGUGUGCUCAGCCUCUUUCCUAGAAGCUGUGGCCACCCUAAAGGCACCAAACUGGGUGACCUUGAGGGCUGCAGCUUUGCAGAAGCCUGAGGCCUGCACCUCAUUGGCAUCUCCACUGGCUCGUUAUCAGAAAGUAAACACACCCAGCUGUGAGAUUUGUUUAUACACCUUGGUGCCUUAGCAGGGGAAUAGGAAAUGCUCGUUGGUGGAAUUAACCAGCAGUGAAACCGGUGUCCAGUGUUGCUAGAGACAGACAGUGGCAAAGGUGGGCUCUUGCCCUGGUGUAUGCCGCACUUCUGUGCUUCAGCAAAGGAAAGGGGUCUUGAGCUUGUAGGUUGGGACUCUAGAGCCUGUGUUUGCCUCCUGUGCUUUUCAGCUUUUUGUAGCUUUUGGUUCCUCACUUCACUAAGUAGGGCUUAUGUAGCUGCCAGUUGUGGACAGAACCCCUUUGAAACAUACCAUUCACCUGAGCCACAUUUAAGUCCCACUCAGACCUACUUGCUGUUCUUGUAAAUUACUUGCUUUUAAAAAAUACAGAUUCAAUCAUAUCACUUGAAACAUCAGAAACACUGGCUCAUGCAUCAGUGUUGACUCGGCAAUGAUAUUUAGGCUAAAUAACUGAUCCCACAUCACUUCGAAGCUUCUUCCACAUUUGCCUGUGUUUUCUUGUGGCGCUGUGUUCCACGUUUGGGCCUUUGGCGGGCUCAGAGGGAUGGUCUGGCAAUGCGGGGGCCACUGAAGUUUUGGUGAGUUCGAUUGUAUUUCCUUAGGCUUUGUUUUUAAAGCAAUGAAAUGUAAAUUUGAAAAAGCCCUCCCACUUGUUCAUGUGAGGACCUGACUCCUGGCAAACAGAGACUGACUGUAAAUACGUAAUAUUUUACAUACUACAUUUGAUGGGCCUUGCUGACUCUUGGCUUCUGAACUAGUUUGUAAAUAUGUAUUUGGAUAAGUUUGCUUUUUUAAAUGCACAUUUACAUGACAACGUAGCCUGGCGCCUACUGCUGGAACAAACUGGUUCCAUAUAGCACCUAUGAUGAGGCAGUUUCAGGAAGAGCUGCCAAUGGCUGCUGCCCAGAUGCAACAGCAGACUUUUACAACUGUUUAUACAGCCAUUUAUGCCAAUGGUGCCUGACAAUGUAUGCGUCUUAAAACUCCGAGUGAAAAAACCAGUGGGUGUUAGAGGUGUAAAACAAUUCCUGAAACUGGCAAACCUGUUGUAUGUUAUGUUGGACUCCGUCUUUCUGUUUUUUGUUUUUUUAAUUGCUCCCUAUUUAAUUAUGCUUUUAAAUUUCAGCCUGAAGCAGAUUUUAAGCACAUCCUUUGCUGAAGGGUCUGGGAGAGAAGGGCGUGUGUAGUGCCCUGCAGCUGGCAGACAGCAAUGGUCCAGCUAGAAGUUUCUCUUGUGGUUGACCAUUGUGUUAAUGACAGAUUUCAGAGUAACAGCCGUGUUAGUCUGUAUUCGCAAAAAGAAAAGGAGUACUUGUGGCACCUUAGAGACUAACCAAUUGUGUUAAGUCUGUAUAUCUUUUUUCCCCGGUUGAUUUAAUGCAGCCUGGUGUCUGGGGAGCAAUGAGGGUCUGUGUAAAUAAAGUAGCCUCUUGGGAGCUGUCUGUGUGCAGGGAAAUGUGUGUGGGGGAGUUAAUAAAGGGAAGACACUGUCAAUGACAAUUCUACAGAACUGAGGCCAAUCUUCUCUACAGUGUCUCUCUUCUCCCCCCCAUCCCCAAAUCUUGUACUCAUUUAAUCCAUCUGGAGGAGCCACACCCUCAUGAAGCGGGGGGGGGGGGGUGUCAGAGCUUUUUGUUCUCCUGACCCUCUGACUUGAAGGACCAGUUUUGCCUUUUUAAAGUCAGUUACUCAUCUAGUAGCUAGUUUGCAAAGUCCUGCUCCUGCACCUGCUGUCGCGCUCCUUUUUUGGGGUGGGGAGGGGAUGGGAAGGAGAUGGUCAAUCAAAGGAACUCCCAUGUCUCUCUAGCCUUGUCAUUAGACGAGGGAGUGUGGCUGCUUGUAGGGUAACUACCUUGUCAUACACUUUUUCAAAGGUAUGGGGGUGUGGUAAGAAUUGGUGCCAGACCCUUCUUUCUCCUCUUUGCAAGACACUUCCUAGUGGCAGUGGGGCUCCAUUGAGACCCGAUUGUUGGAUUGGAAGGUGGUUGGUUUGGGGAGAGGGAGGGAUUUAAAUCCCCCUUGUUAGGUCAGGGGUUGCUAGGAGCCUUUCAGUCUGAUCUGAAAUCUGGAGCUUUCUACAUCUAAGUUGCCAUUUGAAUGGUGCUGCAGGCAGUAAUGAUUGAAAACUCCCCACUGUUGCAUGGCUGGUGUGAAACAAGCUGGUUGGUGUCAAGCCAGUGAUUCCCAGCACAACCCCUGUUCCAUUUGGGAGCUACGGUUCUCUGUCUAGAGAGGCAAAAGAUUGAGACCAAACUCCCCACUUACUCUGCAGACCUCCAUGUGGAGGUCCAGGGAAAGACGUUUGGACUGCAUUUACCCGUUGGGCUAAGUAGACAUCAGACUGUAGUCCUGUCAAGCUGCCAUCUUCCACCAGCACUAAAUAUCCAGUCAGACCCCUGCAGGGAGACAGCCUUCCUUUUUAAUGUUCUUUAUUUUCAUUUUAAAAAUAUGAAGGGAGGAAAAAAUCCUUGCUCUAGGCUGGAAGGGAUCUGCCAGGGAAGAACCUUUGCUUGUGAACAGAGCUGUUUUAUUGGUGAACCAGGGCAACAGGUAUAUAGAACUAAUACGGCCAGCUCCACUUAAGUGGCAGUAACUUAAGCUGCCUUUCAGCCAGCUUUCUGAAUAGCUGCCUCAUCCGGGUCCUGCAACUGGGCUCUGGCCACAGAAUGUCUUCUCCACUAUCCCAGUCUGUUUCGAAGCAGCUUUGGAAGAGGGCCCGACAGCUUGCAGCCAGCUAAUCACAGGGCAGCCCCCUCACAAAAAGCCACUCUAGGAUGCGCCACUUACUCUUUUCCAGCUGCUUUAUGGGACCCAAGUAGGUUUCCCUUCUGUUUGGCCAGCUUCCUGUUUGGGGUUAGCUUAUUUUGAAUUAGUGGUGGGGAACGGCUGAUGACCACAGAAUUGCUCUGUUGUUUUGUACUGGUGAUCAGGCAUAUUUUCGACACACCAGGCCAUCCUAAAAGCUGUGACUCAAGUUAUUACUUAUUUGUACUGCAGCCGUGACUAGAGGCCUCACCCACAAUUGGGAGCCCAUCAAGUUACCCACUUUGUACACACAUGGUGAGACAUGUCCCGGCCCCCAAAGAGCCAUGUAAUCAUACCGAGCUGGCCCUUGGUUCCAAACCCUCAUUAAUUGCUGUUCUCAGAAUAUUUCUAGGGAGUAACUAGGAUGUCUUCUGCCACCUUAGACUGCUUAAAAUAAAGAUCUGACAAUGCAUCCAUCUCACUUCUUGGUUCCUUGUAGAAUAGCAGUGAAAGUGCUUUAAAUUCUCACUCCCGAGCCUGGGUGUCACUUUGUUUCUUGACUGCUGUGUUCUCCCCAUUCAUGCCUGGGUGUUGAAUGAAUUUGCAACAUCUUUUUUGCUACUGGAAGAGUUGUCAUGUUUGUCAGUCCAGCAGUUUCUUAGCCUGUGUCUACACUACACAGCUUUUAGCAUAGCUGCUGUUUGUUGCCUUUUCUGCUGACAAAAACUUCCACCCCCAACGAGCGGCAUUUGCCGGCAGCUCUCCUGCUGACAACACGCAGUUCACGCUGACGCUUGUCGAGGCAGAACUUUUGUCUUUUAGGGUUGUUGUGGUUUUUUUUAACACUUCUAAAAGACAAAAGUUUUGUCAUUCACUUGUCAGUGUAGACCUAACCUUAGUUGCUGUAUCUGGAUCCACUCUGGGUUUCAGUAUUGGGCGUGGUACUGAAUGGGGCAAGUGAUCUUUUGGGAAGAAUAUGGUGACUAGGGAACUAGUGCCAUAACACUAAAAGAGACCAAGAGCUGAGCAACACAGGAGGACAGGGAUUUUUAGGCAGACUGGUUUUAACAUACAUUUACCUCCAAUGUCUAAAUGAACACCUGUGAGAGAGGAUUUCCCCCCUCCCACCGCUCAGUUGAGAGCGCACAAACCUUCAAUUUAUGGGUGUUUCCUUAAAAGAGAGUCUGAUUCAUGAUGAAUCUACGUGUCAGUACUAUCUCAUUGUCUCACACCUGUUAGUUACAUAAAUAUCUGUGGAUUUAACCCGAAGCAGUCUUCAUGAUGAACAUGCAGCUAAAAUCAGCAGGAGCAGGACUGAGGUACGUUGGGAAACCACCUGUGAAUUUACUUCCUUUUGGGAACUUGAGUCAGCAUCUUUAUUUCACUGUUGACGUCUUUGAUUUUUUUGGUUAAGAUUUUCAGUGAAAUAAAUAGCAAGUCUCUACUGAGCAUGUGUCUUAAUCACCAUUGGAAAACCACCUAAUGGUGCUCUUCAGAGAUUUUAUGAUCUGUCACAUGACUAUGCCCCUUAGCAGAAAUCCAGGACCAUGCAGGUCAUUGACCUGAGCAACCAUGGUCCUAUUGGAAAACCCGGGAAGUGGGUGGGCGCAAGCCCAUGGUAGCACCUUCAUCCUGGCUGUGUUUCUCUGCAUACAUAUGAAUCUAGAACAUCCUUGUGCAAAAAUCAACUCUAUAUGCACAGACCCCUGCUUUCAAACCCCUUGGCAGUGAUUGUUUUAUUUUGUUAAAGUUAGCAAAAAGCGAUUGAUCUUCCUGUGAAUGAACAGACUCUGGUUAGGUUUGGCAAUUUUGAUUGUAUUCCUGGAGGUUUCAUCACAUGACAUGUUUAAUUCCUAGAGACUCUGGGACAAUUCUGGAGGGUUAGCAACCCUAACUCUGGUCUGUGUUUUUUUUAAUUACUGUUUGGAGCAUGCAAAGAAAAGCAAAUAAACACCAUGUUCCUCUCACCUACCCACCUCUUGAAAAUGACUGAAUGGUUUCUUUCCAUGUGGUCAAAAAGUGAUGUUGGAAAAUGGACUGUUCUACCUU